AUGGCAGCCGAGACAGCGGACGUAAUCGUCAUUGGUGCAGGCCUCAGCGGGCUCACGGCAGCACGCGAAAUCCAGCGGGCAGGAUACUCAUGCAUUGUACUCGAGGCGGAGGACCGCGUGGGUGGCAUGCUGCUCUCGGUUGACCAGUACCCAGGUUCUACCGACAGCAAAGUUGCCAUUGAUGUCGGCGCAGCAUGGUUGAACAACACAACCCAAUCGGCCAUCUGGGGCCUGCUCACGCCCGACGAGCUCAAAGCCAUGGCCUCCUUCUACGCACACCUCGGCGCCACCGUCUCCUCCAUCGACCCCGCCAAACCAUGGACCCACCCCUCGGCCGCGGAACUCGACAGCAUCACGCUUGCGCAGUUCUGCGCGCAGCACGCGUCCUCGUCGGCCCCUCUGAUCCCACUCCUCCUCAACGCAUCGGUGCGCUACCUCCUCGGCGCCGAAGCCGACGAGGUCAGCGCGCUCUGGUUCCUCGCCUUCUGCGCCGCCGGCACGGGGCUGCAGAACAUGAUGGCCGCGCGCGCUGGCGGCGGCCAGCACUUACGCAUCCGCGAGGGCACCCAGCGCAUCGCGACCAGCCUGGCCGCCGAACUAACCCCCGGAACCGUCCGCCUCUCGUCGCCCGUGGCGUCCAUCGACCAGUCGACCACAUCGUCAACCUCCGUCACCGUGACCACGACCUCCGGCCACUCGUUCCGCGGCGCCCGCGCCGUCCUCGCCGUGCCGACGCCGCAGCACCGCUCGCUGUCCUUCACGCCCGCCCUGCCGCCCGCGAAGCAGCGCCUCGCUGACUCCGCGCACAUGGGCUGCUUCGGCAAGGCGACGCUGGUCUACGACCGCCCCUGGUGGCGCGACGACGCCAGCGCCGCCGUCGGGCCGCUCAACGCCAUCUUCGAGUCCAUCCUCGGCCCCGUCAUCUACUCGCGCAGCACUUCGGUGCCAUCCACCAACCACUGGAGCAUCACGGGUUCCAUCGUCGGCGCGCCGGGCCGGCGGUGGGCGGCGCUGCCGACGGCCGAAGAACGCAAAAAGGCCGUCGUCGAGCAGCUGCGCCACGGCUUCGGCGCCGUGAUGGCGGGCGGGGAGAAGGCAGUGCCGGAGCCGGUGGCGUACGUUGAGGGGGAGUGGGUGGGGAGGAAGUACUUUGGGGGUGGCCCCGUGCCGGUGAUGGGACCGGGAGUGCUGACGGAGGUGCGGGGGGCGCUGACGGAGACGUUUGGGAGGGUGCAUUUCGUGGGCGCGGAGACGGCGGAGGUGUGGAGGGGGUACAUGGAGGGUGCGGUUAGGUCGGGGCUCCGGGGGGCGGAGGAGGUCGUGGGUGAGUUGAGGAAGGAGGGCCAUCAGCAGGCUGGGAAGCUGUAG